AUGUCACGAAGUAUGAGCAAAGAUGGCAAAAUGGAGUCACUUACUGGACCUCAAUUGCUUUUUGCUGGUGGUGCCGCUGGUAUGCUAUCCUGGUUGUUCAACUAUCCCUCCGAUGUCGUUAAGACGCGGUUUCAAGCUAACGACAACUACAAAAGUUACCUGCACUGUAUACAGAGCACUUAUAGAGAAGGUGGCAUGCGAAUGUUCUACACUGGUCUCGGCUCUACUUUAUUACGAGCCUUCCCUUCUAACGCUGCUACGUUCUUCACUGUUGAAUGGACAUAUCGACUUCUACUUGACUUCAAA